ACCAUUGACCACUCGGCACUCACCACCACUAUUUGUUGAACUAUACAACUAAGGCUAUAACAUUAAGAAUAUAUUAGUAUUGUAAUACUCGUAUACGUACUAAUACAGCAGGAUUACAGAACACACUUUAUGUGUUCAGUGCUGAACACUGAAUAGUAAAAUGUUAUGUAUGAAUAUUUUUUUGAAAAUGGAAAAUAAUAAUUUUUUUAAAGAUAUAUUAUUAAGUAUUAUAUUAAUCGUCUUAUGCAUUUUAAACUCAUCAUUACAACAAGAAAUAAGAAAUCUUGGUUUAAACGAAGGUGAUAUAUGUCGUACAGCCCGAAGAUCAAAUGAAAAUUAUGUGUGUACUUAUGCAAGAGACUGUAAAGCUUUUAAAGAAAGUAUUACAACUUAUAAAUAUCUUGAUAUAUGUAAGUUUAUUGGUAUAGAACCGAUAGUUUGCUGUCCAAUGAUGGCUAAUAAACAGUUGACUAAAAUGCCAGAAACUAAAAAUGGAAACACAACACCUGCUGAUGAAAAAUGUUCUCAGUACUCCAAAUUAGUGAAAUAUAAGUUUGCACCUGCGGCUUUUGGCGGUACACCGGCUAAAUAUAAAGAGUUUCCACAUAUGGCACUUAUAGGAUUUGGUGAAACCACAGAAAAUGGUGAAGAUUGGAAAUGCGGAGGCUCACUGAUUAGCGAAACGUGGAUAUUGACUGCAGCGCACUGUGAACAAAGUUCUGGAAUUUUGGCUCGUUGGGCUCGACUUGGAGUUAUAGACAGAGUCGUUAAUAAAGACAAUAAAGUUCAGCCCAAGGAUUAUAGAAUAGUGCAACAUAUAAUACAUCCCGAAUAUAAGCCACCUUCAUUAUACAACGAUAUAGCUUUAUUUCGUUUGGAAAAGGACGUAGAAUUUUCUGAUGCAGUGCGACCGAUUUGUCUCAACUCAGAUCCGUCUAUUACACCAUUAAAACAGAUAGCUACUGGUUGGGGAAGAAUUGAAACGGCCGGGCCACUUAGUGAUAAUUUGUUAAAAGUGGAUUUGGAUAUUUACCCGAUAAACCAGUGCAAUGAAAGUUAUUUUUCAGAUAAUAAUCCAAAAUUAAAAUUUGGAAUUUUACCUGACAGCAUGAUAUGUGCAGGUUCAUUUGAUGGUGAAAAAGACAGUUGUUCGGGUGAUUCAGGAGGUCCACUUCAAUUAGAUCAUAUCAACUAUUUCAAAAUGUAUGUACAGUAUGGAAUUACGUCGUUCGGGAAAUUUUGUGGUGAUAAAGAUACACCUGGAAUUUAUACUAGAGUAGCUAAAUACAUUUCAUGGAUCGAAAAAAUAGCAUUUUCAGAUAAUUGAGGAUAUUUAAUAAAAUUUAAUCAAAUAAAAGAGUUGAUGUAUAA